AUGAGCGGCCCCGGUGUUGGAUUUGAGUACCCUCGCCAGGAUGUCUCCUGGGUGAAGCGCGAUGUGCUGCUGUUUGCGAAUACCAUUGGUGCCACCGACGACGAGCUCCAUUUCCUCUAUGCAACGUUCAAGGGCAACACCCAGGAAGUGAUCGACUUCUACGCCGCACAGAAGGCCGUCCAGAUCCCCAACGUUCCUUCGUUCGAUGCCCGCCGCGUCGUCGACGGCCAGCGCAAGAUCGUGCUUCACAAGACCAUUCCCACCACCUCAGCCGGCAAGAAGUUCGAAGUCCGAACCAAGGUCCUCGGUGUUUACGACAAGGGCCGUCCCGGCUCCGUCGUUGAGACCCAAACCGAUUUGGUAGAGCUCCCCAGCAACGAGGUCUAUGCCAGCGUCAUUACCAGCAGCUUCUACAUCGCCCAGGGCAACUGGGGCGGCCCGAAGGGUCCCGCAACCGAGAACUUCCCUCCCCCGAAGGACAAGAAGCCGGACGCUACGUUCUCUCAGGCUACAAACAAGGAGUCAGCACUGCUGUACCGCCUCAAUGGAGACUACAACCCUCUGCACGCGACCCCGGAGCCGGGCAAGAAGAUGGGCUUCCCCGGAGCUAUCAUGCACGGAUUGUACUCCUGGAACUCGACCGCUCACGGCCUGUUGAAGGCCCUGGGUGGCAGUGAUCCUGCCAACAUCAAGGAGUAUCAGGCGCGUUUCGCCAGCCCUGUCAUGCCUGGCGAUAAGCUGGUGACAGAUGCCUGGAGGACAGGCGAUGUAAAGGAUGGGUGGGAAGAAGUUCGCUUCCAGACCAAGGUUGAGGGCGGAAAGGUCGUUCUGAGUAACGGUCGCGCGCUGUUGAAGGUUGUGGAGUCUCCCAACGGUGACGACAAAUUGCCGAGCUAUCAGAUGUCGUCCAAUAACUACAUCGGUCAGCGACUGUCCUACGAUCAUGCGCUCUGCACUGUUCGAUACAUAGGGCCCGUCGCCGGCACAUCAGGCACCUGGCUCGGCGUGGAAUGGGACGACACCGGGCGCGGGAAGCACGACGGCCAACAUAAAGACGUCCGGUACUUCUCAUGCCUCUCCAAAGCCCCCACCGCUGCUUCAUUUGUGCGGCCAACCCGCCGCAGCGACGCCGCGCAAAGCUUCGUCACCGCGCUGCACGGCAAGUAUGCCUCUGAGGCGGUCUCGAGGCGUGAGCCCGAGAUUCAGAUCGUCUUCUUCGGUAAGAAGCCUGCCGAGGAGGUCGGCUUUGACAAGAUCCGCCGGCAGCUCGCGCGCGUCGAGGACUUAACCAUCGUGAUUCUCGAUGGCACACGCAUCCAGUUAGACGUUGUGGAUGGGGAUAAGAGCAUCAGGGACACGAGCCCCCUUAUAAGCGAGCUAGAUCUCAGCAGAAAUCUGUUCGAGGGAUUUAGUCAGGUCAUCAAGAUCUGCCAGGAGCUGGACAGCCUGAAGAGUCUGAGACUCAACGGUAAUCGCUUCUGGGUCAUCGAGACGGGAGAAACGCAGGCAUUUGCAAGGGUUACCGAGCUGGAGCUUGAGGAGACAUUGCUAGACUGGGAAGCCCUUUGCGGGCUCGCCCGCAAAUUCCCGUCUCUUGAGACUUGGAGCUGCAGCUUGAAUCAGUUGACCGUGUUACCAAGCGUCUCGUUCGGAUCGCUCGCCGCGACCCUCACAACCUUGGAUCUUGAAUUCAACGAGUUCACCUCCUUCUCCGAUGUCGCGGCUCUGUCGUCCCUGAAGUCCCUUCGCAACCUCCACCUCAAGGGCAACAGCAUCUCGACCAUCUCCUCUCCCUCCGGCCCGAUCCCAACAUUUGCACCGAGCUUGCAGUACUUGGAUAUAUCCUAUAACGCCGUCGCGAGCUGGUCUUUUGUAGAUGCCCUUCCCUCGUCAUUCCCGGGCCUCACAGCUCUUCGAUUCGCCCAUAACCCAAUCUACGACCGUCCCGACCCGGAUGCCGCUGGUGGAGAUAACCAGACAAAGUCUACAGACGAGGCAUUCAUGGUUACCAUCGGCCGCCUCGCCUCACUCAAAGCCCUAAACUUCACUGCGAUCUCGGCCAAAGACCACGAAAACGCAGAUAUGUUCUACCUCUCCCGCAUUGCCAGACAGCUCGCUUCAGUACCCGAAGCCGCCGGGCCCGAAGUCAUCGCCCAACACGCCCGCUACACGGAACUCUGUGACAUCUACGGUGCACCAGACAUCAUCCGCCGUGAAGAGAUCAACCCUACUUACCUCGAGGCUCGUUUGAUCACCGUUCAUUUCACCCAUGCUGCACCAGAUGGCCAAGAACGAGCGACCAAGACGGCCACCAUCCCCAAGUCUUGCGACGUCUACGCCAUCAAGGGUAUAGCGGGAAGGCUGUUUGGUACAGAACCCUUGAGGCUUCGUCUGGUGUGGGAGACUGGCGAAUGGGACCCCGUUGGCGGGUUCGACGAAGACGAGAAUGCGGAUGACAGCAGCGACGAGGAAGAGGCCGCGGAGAGGAGCGGUGAGGGAGGUGAAGCCGCCGGAGCCCAGGGGGCAAGAGGAGGCAGAUGGGUGAAGAGGGAGGUUGAGCUCAAGGAUGGGCCUAGGCAGUUGGGUUUCUGCGUGGAUGGGAUGGAUGUCAACAUCCGUGUGGAGGAUAGGUGA